CAGCCGGAUAUCCACUGAGUCAUUAUCAGAGGAGUUUCGGCUUAGCUGUGGCGCCGACCUAAAGCUAGAAGUACACUGGAGUAACAAUGGUGAAGAUCUUCAUUGGUAACCUGUCUGAGCACACUGAGAAGGAAGACGUCGAAGCCCUGUUUACCAAAUAUGGCACAGUGACAGAAUGCGCCAAAUUCAAAAAUUAUGCUUUUGUCCAUAUGGAGGACCGCAAGAUGGCCAACAAAGCCAUCCGCGAGCUCCACCUCCACAAGCUGAAUGGUAGGCCCAUCAAUGUGGAGCGCAGCAGAGGGAAGAACCAGGGCCCUGUGAAGCUCCACAUAGCCAAUGUAGAACAGGGCUCUGACGAGGAGCUCCGUGCCCUGUUUGAAGAGUACGGCACAGUCAGAGAGUGUGCCAUCGUCAAGAACUUUGCCUUUGUCCACAUGGACAAUGCUGAUGAGGCCAUGGAUGCCAUAAAGGGCCUGGAUAACUCAGACUUCCAGGGAAAGCGCAUACAUGUUCAAAUAUCAAAAAGCAGACCCAGAGGGGCACCCGAGGAGGAGGACUAUCCACCUCCGCCAGGCAGAGGAUAUUAUCCUCCUCGCUACCCAGGGGACAGGCCUGAGCCUCCUUACAGAGGCCGCAUGGCUGCUUACGGUCCUCCUCCGCCUCCACCUCCUCCGCCCCCUCCUCCGAGACGAGCAGGGUAUCCCGACCGUGGCUAUGGCGAGCAAGACCCCUACAGCACAGUUGAUUACUAUGAGAGAUACAGAGCCCGUCCUUAUGGUGCAUCGCCCUAUGAUGACAGACGCACCGGCGCUAUCCCCCCUCCUCCACCUCCUCCCACGGCACUGGUUAGAGACCGCCUUGCAAUGGGGGAUCCGUACGAGCGCCAUGCGCUCCCGCCGCCUCCUGCACCAGCCUACGGUGCCAGGGACCGAAGCCCCAUCAGACGAGCCCCUCUUCCGCCUGCUCCGCCAGCUGGUAACGGGUACUCCUAUGAGCGCUCCCGGCUCUCCCCAGCGUCCAGGGCUCCAAUGUAUGCAGCUCCCCGCCCCAGGGAUUCCUUCGCAGAGAGGGCGCUGCCACCACCACCCCGAUACGCAGGCUAUUAGAGUGUAAUUUAAGGUUUAGAAUAUGACAAGAUCGGCGUCGUCUGCUGAUGUACGUGGCGCUAUACACCCCCUCGUCUAUGGCGGAUUGCGUUGCGUUCACCUGAGACUUACUGGAAGAUACUGUUUUGCAGACAGCCCCGUAUUAAAACCAUAUGAUUCCAUGUCUACAGUUCACGUAUUCUUCUGAGCUGUUCAUGCCUUUUCUGUUCCUCUGCUUGUUUUAUUGUUUAAAUCCUUCAAAUGUUUUACACAAUACGAUGCUGGCUUAGGUGCUUAGUCUAUUUCAGUGUGCCGCAGUACUGUUAAAUGGCCAAACUCACCAUGGUCUUCAAUCUUUUUCAAUGGAUCUGCCCUCUGAGGACAUUAUUUCAUAACAAGGGAAGUCAUUUAAAUGAAUAUAUCUAGUCUUUGUAAACAGGCUGAGGUUGUUGGUUUAACACAGUGCUCAUCGAAAUAAGUUUUAAAAAAAAACCCAUCAAAACAACAGUUUAGAGGGGCUUUAAUAUGAGACGUGGUGUGUCAGGUUGUACCGUCAGAUUUGCGACACAUAUUAGCAUGACAAGUCAAAAGUUCCAGUGUGGUUUUGGUCUUUUUACGCUUUGUGUUAUCUUUUCUUGCGAAAAUAGAAUCUAUAGCACCAAUAUGUAUGAUUUUAUUUACUUAACGACUUUCUUUUCAUUUGAAGGCUUUUUAAUAAACAAAUCAAACCAAAAACGGCGUUUUAACUGUCAAAUUCUUCCUCGCAGGAUAGGCCUAAUGACUCUGUUCACCGGACCAAAUGUAGUCGAAUUUAGUCAGUACUACUCAGGCGAUUAACUCCUAACACGCUUGUUAAACUCUGCACAGCUGUGAGACUUAUCAGCUUGACACAUAGGUAGGGGAUGUGUUCUUGGCCCUGUUCAAUUCCGGGGAAAAUUCUGAAAAAUGUGUGAGACGUUAGGUCUUUGUUUGCGGAGGAAGACUCGAUCGGCUUUUCAUUGAAAUCUUGUGUUGAUGCCUGUUCACCUGAGCAACUUGGCUUGCGAUGCAAAGUAAGAAACUUUUGAGCACCUGUAUAUUGACAACUUGAUGGAGGUUAAAAUGAUUUUUACUUCUGUAGAAUGCUUGUAUGCAAAGUUAAACAUUUACGCCUACAAUACACGAGAAGACUUAAAAAAUACUAUUACAGGGACUAAAGUCUGAUGGCCUUUCACAUCUUAAGACAAUGUGACUUAAUUGCGCACUUUAAGAGUUUGUAAAGACGGGAUCUUGUAGUGUCCCAUUUGCAAGACUGCAACUAAGCCUCCUUCCCUCUGCUCAAAAAAACCCACUAACACCCUCUAAUGUAUGCAUUUUUAAUGUUAUGAGAAAGGCGACAAUCAGCGAGAUGCGAUGACGCGCCGUCACUUACUGUCUGUCUCUGCCCCAGCAGCGCUUAAACAUCAAUCUAAAUUAGUCCACACCGAGUUUAAAAGAGACUGAAUAAGUAAUACAUAAAUAGAAGUAACCACUGUAAAGUUUCAGACCUCUGUCCACAUUACUUUACAACAGUUCACCUGGCCCCCGGGCUUACAUCGAACAUGACACACCAAAACAACCCAAACACACUCUCACAAUACUCGUCUGCUGCGGAGCUGUGCACAAAGCUCAACUUUACUAGCAAUGGGAAAGCAGUCGAUAGCCUUUUGUAAGCUGGUUUGCCGCGUUAUUUUUGGUGGAAAAAGGUUCUAGAUUCCUGUGAUUAUUUUUCAUCCUACUCCUGGAGGAGACUAUUACGCCAAACUUCCUUUAGAAAAUGUGACAUGUUAACAAUUAAUAACAUGUCCACAAAAACACAUGCAACUCGAGAACAUGAGAUAAACGGCGUCAUAUGUCAACAGCAUUCUUGUCAUUUCGGCAUCAAUGUAAUCCACAAAAAAAAUUGUUUACAUGCAAACUUUCCAUUUUUGAUUUUGUUACCUCAACUGUAGCAGCCUCAGUCAGUUGGUGAUUUUUUCUUUUUUCUUUUUUUUUUUUUGUAUAAGUUCUUGGAUUUCGCACUGACAAAAGUGCUGGUUGUUAAAUCAGAUAAACACCUCGUUCAACUUGACUCUUGCGCACUCAACAACUCGCGGAGGCCCCUCCAUGUUUACUCUCGACCCGAUUCGCUGCUUCCUGUUUGGUGCUGAAGAGAGCGUUGCCAUUGGUUGUUGAUGUUCACAUCAUUGAACUUAAAGAUUUGCAUGAGCCGAGACUAAAAACUUGCGAUAAUAUUUGAUAAAUGUUAAUAUUACCAAACUUUACUUUUACGGAAUGUCAAGGUGAAAAAAGAUUUAAGACAGCAGUUUUAUGACACCCUUACAGUAAACAAUCCAGAUCACGGGAGCGUCCACCGACUGAGGUAAAACCAUAAUUUCACUCUGACGUUGAAAUUUGCAAUUUGCCCGUGACAAUAAAAGGUUGGUGUAAGUCCGGAUGACAAAAAAAAUGAGAUUUUGAUUCUGACUUUCCCUCUAAAACCACUGGAGUCAAUAUGGCUAAUAAAUCUGUAACUUUUCACAAACCAAGGAGUGAUUUAAGAAAAAAAAAGUGGCUAAACCAGCUGUAACCUGUUGCUGCGAUGCCCACUGCUUACUUUAUGUCGAGGAAAUUAGUAGUUUUUCGUGGAAGUUACCGAUUCACUGAGCUUUGCGAUGACCCGUGUUUUUGUCAUUGUGCGACAACUGUUCUCAAUUUACAUUCUUCAUUUCUCUAUCAUUAAGUUCACACCAUAUAUUAGUCACCCUUUACAUUAUUGUCGUUAUAUUUUAACUUUAUGUAUUUGUAUCAAAAAUUGCAUGCAGUCUUGGUAUUCUUAGUAUUUG